AGUGAAACUCUCUCAGUCUUUGUGUCUGAGAGGAGAAAUGGCGCAGAAAGGAGUUGAUCUGGAUCAAGAAACCUUCUGCUGUUCCAUCUGUCUGGAUCUGCUGAAGGAUCCGGUGACUAUUCCCUGUGGACACAGCUACUGCAUGAAGUGUAUUCAAGGAUUCUGGGAUAAAGAGGAGAAAAACCCCAACUGACCUCAGUGCAGGAAGACCUUCAUACCGAGGCCUGUUCUGGUGAAAAACACCAUGUUAGCGGCUUUAGUGGAUCAACUGAAGAAGACUGGACUCCAAGCUGCUCCUGCUGAUCUCUGCUAUGCUGGACCUGAAGAUGUGGUCUGUGAUGUCUGCACUGGAAGAAAACUGAAAGCCAUCAAGUCCUGUUUGAUCUGUCUGGCCUCUUACUGUGAGAAACACCUUCAGUCUCAUUUGGAUGCAGCUGCAUUCAAGAAACACAAGCUGGUGGAACCCUCCAAGAACCUGCAGGAGAACAUCUGCUCCCGUCAUGAUGAGGUGAUGAAGAUGUUCUGUCGCACUGAUCAGAAGUGUAUCUGUUAUCUCUGCUCUGUGGAAGAACAUAGAGGCCACAACACAGUCUCAGCUGCAGCAGAAAGGACUGAGAGGCAGAGAGAGCUGGAGGAGAGUCAACAACAAAUCCAGCAGAGAAUCCAGGACAGAGAGAAGGAGGUGAAGCUGCUUCAACAGGAGGUGGAGGCCAUCAAUCACUCUGCUGAUCAAACAGUGAAGGACAGUGAGAAGAUCUUCACUGAGAUGAUCCGUCUCAUCCAGAAAAGAAGCUGUGAUGUGAAGCAGCAGAUCAGAUCCCAGCAGCAAACUGAAGUGAGUCGAGUCAAAGAUCUUCAGGAGGAGCUGGAGCAGGAGAUCACUGAGCUGAAGAGGAGAGACGCUGAGCUGAAGCAGCUCUCACUCACAGAGGAUCACAGCCAGUUUCUGCUCAACUACCCCUCACUGCCACCACUCAGUGAGUCCACACACUCAUCCAGCAUCAAUGUCCGUCCUCUGAGAUACUUUGAGGAUGUGACAGCAGCUGUGUCAGAGCUCAGAGACAAACUGCAGGACAUUCUGAGAGAGGAACCCAGAAACAUCUCACUGACAGUCACUCAUGCAGAUGUUUUACUUCCAGAAGCAGAACUAGAACCAAAGAGCAGAGCUGACUUCUUCAAAUAGUCAUGUCAAAUUACACUGGAUCCAUACACAGCACACAGACGACUGUUACUGUCAGAGGAGAACAAAAGGUGACAGUGAUGAAAAAAGCUCUGUCCUAUUGUAAAUAUCCAGACAGAUUUACUGAUUCUGUUCAGGUUCUGAGUAGAGAGAGUCUGACUGGACGUUGUUACUGGGAGGUAGAGUGGAGAGGAAACAAUGUUGGUGUAGCAGUCGCAUACAAGAACAUCAGCAGAUCUGGAUAUGAAAGUAGAUUUGGUUUCAAUGACAAAUCUUGGUCAUAAGUUUGUUCCCAAAAGAGUUUGUUAUUUCUCCACAACAGAAUAGCAACCUCCAUCUCAGCUCCUGUUUCCUCCAGAGUAGGAGUGUACCUGGAUCACAGAGCAGGUGUUCUGUCCUUCUACAGCGUCUCUGAAAGCAUGACUCUCCUCCACAGAGUCCAGACCACAUUCACUCAGAAGCUCCAUGUUGGACUGAGGUUGUAUAAUGUUGGAGCCACAGCAGAGUUCUUUAAAAGUCAAAACGUUUAUGUUAAUAUUCUGUGGAGUAAUGUUUGUAGUCAGAAAUAAAGAGAGAAAUGAAAAAUCUCUA